AUAUACUGCAAUUCUCAAUAGCCGAUAUAAGAAAUGAGAUGGAUCUGUAGACAUGUACAUGGAAAAUGUGCCAGGAUAUAUUGCAAAGUGAAGGGGGAAGGCAAGUUACAGAACAAUAUGUACAGUGUGAUCUCUUUUCUCUUUAAAAUAUAUAUGUGACUGUACAUUGGAAAAGAUCUGAAGGAUACACAUCAAGCUGUAAGUAGGCUUUACCCAUACGUAUGUCCGUAUCCCUAUAAGGAUAUAAGUAGGGCAUAAAGGAAGUGAGCUCCCCGUUCCCUGAGGUAUGCAGAGAUCAGCUGCCUCAUUCUGAGCGGCAUUAUGGAAGGCAUUUCCACAUCACUCAGGGGUGACCUAGGUCCCCUCUUAGCCCUGAGACUCUCAGAGAAUGGAGAGGUCCGGGCUAGGAGAGGAAUCCACGCCUAAGGGGAAAGGGUUAAGUGAGGAUGCGGUUGCUGUGGGCGGGCUCAGCAAUCGGCAGCGCCAGGCUCUGUUAGCCAAGUCUGAGCAUCUCGGAGGAUGCGGCGCUGCAAGCGGCUGCUGGGACACGCGCAAGGUGAACGCGGGGGCUGCCUGCGCGACGCCCAGGUGAGGAACUGGCAAAGGAAGGGGGCAAUGGUGGGGCCCAGGCAGGGAGCAUGGCCUCAGCCCCGGUCUCAGCAAGGCGCAGAAGGUCCUGCACCAGAGCCCACCCCCACCCAGGACACUGCGGGGAAGGCGCGGAGCCAGGGGCCAGGAGAAGGAGGACGAGAGGUAACCUGAGAUGGGCCAGCUCCCAGACGCUGCCCUGCACUGCCCUCUCCCUAGACCCUGAGGCAAGGAGAUACCCUUCCCCCCUCCAAUAAACCCCACAUUUCUCCAGCAGCUGGAACCUAGUGCUGGGCAGCCCCCUCUUUGUCCGCAGAUGCCCACAUCUCUUGGAUUGGGGGUGGUGAGCAGAUGGCAUAUGCUUAUUGAAGGCCCAGCUCAGCUGUCUCCUCCUCUGCAAAGCUUUUUGGACUCCCUGUGCAAAAUGAUCUACAGCGCGUUUCACAAUGCCUAGUAUGACUGUGUGACCUUGGCUCACUUUAUUUAACAUCACUCAUCGUCUGUCACGGACUUAGAAUGCCAGCUCCAUGAGGGCUUAUCCAGUGAGGACUGGAAGUUGAGGGUUCUAGACCUAGGCAUCAAAGUGGACCAUGGCCUCCAGCCCAUGGGGCCAUGUACAUGGCCUCCUGCUGCUAUUGCUGCUGCUGUGUCUGGGGGCUGGCCCUGCCCUGGGCGGGAGCCUUCCCAAGGCACAAGAGGACUGGGAACCACACCUGAUCCCAGGAGCCCACCCCAGGGGCCCCGUUGGCACAGAGCCCGAAGCCUUCCUCUGGCAGAAGCCCAGAGAUGAGAGCCCUUGGAACUCCAGUGUCCCCCAGGUCCGUGCGGAGGAGGUGCCUCAAAGGAUCGAAGAUUCUCCCCUUGGCCCAGCCCUGCAUGGACCUCAAGCAGCCCAGGGGGCUCAGAGAGAAGGACUCCCAGUAACUGAUGACUUCCAGGUGGUUCAAGGGCCAAAUUCUCAGGGCUGGACAGGACCUCCUGACUCACAGGAGCCUCUGGAGCAAGAUGCACCAGCACCCCAUCCAGUGGGGUCCCCCCAUCUCACUUUCAUCCCAACAACUCCCCGACUCCAGCUCAGGGUAGCCACAGUUCCUCCCUCCUCAAAGGAGCCUGGAGGCCAAGUGGGACAACGACCAGUUGGAGAUGAGGGUCUGGUUGCUGAAGCCAAGCCCAGAGUCUCAGAGACAUCCCCCUCCGCCCACCAGGGUCCUCCCCACACUCUUGCACCUGACUCAGGCACUAUCAGGAAGCCAGUACUGGAAGAACAGGAUGGGGGUGAGGAAGACUUCCAAGAGGCAGCUCAAGGCCCCAUCUUCACCCAGCAGGAUCCAGCAGCCUCUGUGAUUGGCUCAGUAUCCCCAGUUGAGGUGGCAUCCACUCAGGAGCCUGGGUUCCAACCAGACCUGGCAUUGACCAGAAGCCUUCCUCCUGCCAACGAGCUGCCAGCUGAGCCCCCCAAGAAGGCUAAAGGUGGGGAGAUCUGGGCAGUCAGUUUUCCAAGUCCCUCACUGAAGCAGGCUGACUUCCCUGAUGUUCAGGGCUCCCCAGGACCCCAACCUUCAGGUCCUCCAGCCUCAGAGACUCCUCAUGAGCAGCCCAAGCCAGAUGGGUACCAAGAGAUAGCAGCAAUGAAUGGAGCAGACCCCAUCUCUCCCCAGAGGGUGAGAGGAGCAGUAGGGGCCCCAGAAACUCCCAAGGCCCUCAUCCCCCCUGGCCCCUCGGACCCGGGCCCAGCUACAAACCAAACGGAAAGUCCUGUGAGGACCCUGCAGCCAGACGAAGCCGAGGAGUGGCCGGGGCGCCCCCAAAGCCAUCCCCCAGCACCCCCAGUCCAGGCCCCCUCGACGUCACGCCGGGGCCUCAUUCGGGUCACCACACAGCGCGCCCUGGGACAGCCAGCUCCUCCGGAGCCCUCAGCCAGCUCCAUGGCAUCUGCCCCAGCCUCUAGCCCCCCGGCCAACGCCACCGCACCCCCCCUGCGCUGGGGUCCCCUUCGGCGGGUGCUGAGCUUUUCCUGGGAGCUGCACGUCUAUGGGGUAGGGGCGCUCUUUCUGCUGCCGGCGUUGCUGUCAAUGGCCUCUCUGGCAGCCGCCUCUACGGGGCCCUGGCUGGCACUGGUGGCGGCAGUGCUGGUGCUCCUAGCAUCGGGGCUGCGAUCUGCCUACAUGCUUGCCGACCCCUACGGCUCGCAGGCGCGGCUGGGCUUACGCGCCGGCCUGGUGCUCUACAACCUACCCUUCCCCUUGCUGCUCACCGCGUUGGCGGCCCUGACCCUGCUAGGACUGGGUGCGGGGCUGCCCCCGCAGCUGCAGAACCCGCUCCUGCUCGGAGUCCUGGCGUUGACUCACGGCGUGGGGUUGCUCGCUACAGACCUGCUGUCGUCGACACCGGCGCUCAACCUCCUGGCUCAGGGCUUCUCGUGCGCCUGGGGCGCAGCCGUGGCUCUGGGCACGCUCUGCCUGUGCCGUCGCCGCCUGCUGGACGGGCCGCGGGGCUGGGAUGCCAGCCCGGGGCCGCGGCUGCUGGCGGUGGCGGGCUCCCUGGGCCUGCUGGCUAGCGGUUUACAGCUGGCAGCUGCCCUCUGGCUGUACCCAGGCCCAGGCCGCGUGGGCCGCUUCUCAUGGGCCUGGUGGGGGGUCCAUUUCUGGCUGCGACUGCUGGAGCUGACCUGGGCCCUCGUCUUGGCACUGGCUGCUGUGGUCGCGGCGCGGCCCAGGCCGCCCACGGAGCAUGCGUGCUGGGCGAAGCUGCGGCGCCUGGCGUGUCCUGCGCCCUCGGGCAAAAGCGAGGUUCCGGAGCGACCCAACAACUGCUACGCGGGGCCCAGCGGCGUUGGCGUCGGCAGCUUGGAGAUCAGCAAGAGCCUCAUCCGCAACUCUGCGGAGGGAGCGCCGCCUGCCACCCCCAGUUCAGGCGCCUGGGGCUCGGCUGCGUCACUGGGCCGCGGCCCCCAGGGUGGCCCGGUCCUCUCCCGUAGCAGCGUGGGGCCGGCUCCGUCGAUGAGCGAGCUGGACCUGCGGCCGCCGUCACCCAUCAACCUGAGCCGCAGCAUCGACGCCGCGCUCUUCCGAGAGCACUUGGUGCGCGACAGCGUGUUCCGACGCUGCGGCCUGCGCGGUCUGGCCUCCCCGCCGCCUGGGGGCGCGCUGCGGCCGCGCCGGGGCAGCCAUCCGGACACUGAGCUCGACGGUGCGGGCUCCUUGCUCCGUGGCCGCUGCCGGUCGCUCAGCGACGUGCGCGUCCGCGGGCCGGUCCCACCACACGUAGUGGAUGAGCCGGAUCAGGUGGCUUCUGGCAGCUCCAUGGACAGCUUCUCCCGGGGCUCGCUCAAGAUCAGCUGGAACCCGUGGCGCCACGGGCUGUCGUCGGUGGACAGCCUGCCCCUAGAUGAGCUGCCCAGUACGGUGCAACUACUGCCAGCCCCAGCCACUGCAACUGCUCCCAGCCGGCCCAUAGAACCCCGGAGUGAGAUCCAGCCUUCCUGCAAGCCAGGGGACUCUCGCAGCGCCUCCAGUGACACCAUUGAACUCUGAGCCGAUCCCACACUGUUGCAGGACCAGCCUUCAGUGACCAUAUGGCAUGGCUGACUGGGACAGUUGAGCCUUUAAAAAACUGGCAUCCUGGGGCCUGAACCUGAUUGCAGCCCCUGGAAGCAGCCAGGAGUGUCCCCAACCCCCACCCGCGUUUUUUGUUUUUAAAUAUCUCUAUUUUUUUCCAGCAGGUAUUUUGCACAGAGGCUGUGAUUUAUAUGGAAUACAGGGUGGACAUGCAUGGAUUUGGGUAUGAGGAAUGGGGUCCAGGUGCCCCAAACACCCCUCCAGACUCCCCAUUGUGGAAGGAUGAGGCUCGCUUGUCUAGAUUGAAUGUCCUCUUUGUGCCAAAGAAAUAAACCUUUAGGAUUGGCUCAUGCCUCCCUCUGGCCAUGCCAGGAUCCUGUUCAGAGAAGAGUAGGAGGGCCCACCCUCCAGUAAUUCCAUGUCCAGUAUGUGGGACAGGGGAACUUCCAAAGGAAAGGGCACUGGACCCUUAGCAGCUUUAGAAAUAAGGCUAUCGAUAUUUUAUUGAACAUCUAUUUGUUGUACACUGUCUUCAGCUCUUUACUUCACCACCUUAUUUAAUUCUCAUAAUAAGCCUGAGUGGAAAGCAUUAUCAAGCCCAUUUUAUAAAUGAGAAGAGUAAGGUUCAGAGACAAAAGUCAUUUUGUCCAGGGUCCUUUGGCCCAAAUAAUAGCUGAUACUGAACCCAGAAAGUUCCAUCCCUGAAGCUGGGUCCUCCAUCCCCUUCUCCUAACACAACUUCAGGGCCAAGCCUCUCCUCCUUUUACUCUUCCUCCAGGGUAGCCCUCAAUUUCCCAGGGUUUUAGAAAAAUUUCCCAAGGGUCAGGGCCUCUCAGUAGCUUAGGCCAACCAUGGGAGUGGGAGGGCAGGCAGUAAAACUGAAGCUUCUCCGUUUUCCAAGAUCUUCUUUAUUUCCUGAGAUGAAUAAAUAAAUCAGUGGCUGAGGGGUGAGGAAUGGGGGAGGUGAAUAUGGAACAGGAGCUGGCAGCAUGCAGCUGGCAGGAGGAGGCUAUGAUGGACUCACCCCUGCAGGAGCCCACUCCCCUCAUCCUGCGCAGGGGCCAAGGCUCACUAGCAGCCACCAUAAGGAGACACUUAAAAUCCACACACAUUAUGAAGCCUGCCCAGUCUCCUCAAGGCCAAGAUCCCAUGGCUUCCAUUUUUAGGGCUCCUUCCGCAUCCCAGGGGCCUCACCUGCCCAGGUCUGGGUGCCUAGGCUGCUCCGUAGGUGGGUAGGGGGUACUUAGCCUACUCUCAAAAAUAAAGCCAGCCGCCUUGAGUGUCCAGGCAGAAGAGAGGCCUGGCUUCUGGAGGCAGCCUGGUGGGAGGAGAUCCUGCAGGCAUGGCAGAGAUUAUCUGCCCUUGAUGAAGCCUUCCAGCACCCGGUCACUGCGCUCUGACAACCAGUAGCCAGUCAUGGCCGCCACAGCCCCAAUGAAGAUGGCGGUAAAGACCAAAUCACCCUUGGCAGCCAGCGUGGCCAGUGCACAGAUGAUGACACCGAAGAACAUCUGCUGCAGCACCACCAGCUCAUCCUCUGUCAUCUCUGAGAAGAAGCCCGCUGACUCUGCGAGGAAUAAGAAGCACCUGUCACUCCUCCCCCAUUCUUAGAGUCUCCCACGCACCCAGUCAUCGCUGCCACCUGCCUGCUAGGCGUGCCAGCACGCGAUGUCGUUUACUGCUGAGAACGACUCUAGAGGGGCAGUUAUUAUCCCUGUCUCACUGAACAGGAAACUGAGGCUCAGAGAGGUAGAGGUUUGCCCAAGGCCACGUGGUGAGCGAGUUGUGACAGAGCAUGUGCUAUGUGUACUAGCCCAGCUCCAGAGCCAGACUUCCAGGAUUCAACACCCAGCUCUGCGACCUGCUUGCUGGGUGGCCCUGGGCAAGUGGCUUCAUUUCUCUGCAUCCUAGUCUCCACUAUGGGGAUGAGAAAGAUACCUACAGCGUUGGAUUUGUUUUAGUGUAAAGUAAGUUAAUACAUGCAACAUGCUUGGAACAGUGUCUGACAUAUGGUAAGAGUUGCGGAAGUGAUCACUAAUUAUAUCAUUGUAGCUGUCCAUCUCACCACACCAUGGCCUACAAUAGCUCUCAGAGGGCCAGGGCUAGGACUGGUCCCAUUGGACAGAUGAGGAAAGAGGCUAGGGGAGGCAGAGUAAUUUGAUGCCAAGUCCUAUUUUCUUUCUACCCCAAGGAGGUGUGAGGCCACCAAAAGCUACUCAGGAGAAGAUGUAGGCUUCAGGUCUCAAUGCAGCCUCACAGGGGCUGAGGGGUUAUAAAUGCUUGGAGAACGGGUUUGGUGGGGGCCAAGUUGGGACUCACCUGGGAUCUGCUCCUUCACACAGAUGCCCUCAAUCUGUUUGUAGCCCUCAGCACAGACACAACGGUAACUGCCCUCGGUGUUCUCACAUUGCUCAUUCUCUCCGGGACACACCUCUGUCUCACACUCGUCCACAUCUUGAGGGAGGGCAAGGAGGGAUCAGAGCGACUUCCAGGGUUCCACAGGCAGCACCCCGACCCUGCCUCGUUCACAUUCCGGCACUCCCUUCUGCCCUUUCCCAGGUAACAUUCACCCUUCCCCUAGCCUGUUCACAUUCCAGCCCCUCUCAAUUCAUGGUGGCAAGGCACUCCAAGGUACCUGGGCCCCACUGGCUGGAUACUCACCGAGACACUUGGAGCCCACCUGCUGGUAGCCAGGGCUACACUUCUUACAGCGGCCUGGCCCUGCCCCCAUGCAGCCCAGGCAGGCCUUGGCACAGUCUGGAGAAGAGAGAGGAGAGAGAAGGUUAAGAGCUGCCCCUAAAUCCAAGGGGUUCUGGUGCCAGAGAAGGCAGAAGUUUGGGGGGAACAGGCGUGGAGCAGCUCCUCCUAACUUUCCCACUUCCCCUCCCCGGCAGGAGUGGACACUCACCUCGGCACUCAUAGGAGCCCUCCGUGUUCACGCAGAAUUGGUCGGCUCCACAGUUGGCUCGCUCUGUGCCACACUCGUCAAUAUCUACAGAAAGGCCGGCAAGAUGGGGAAUUUCAGUCAGUUCACUAACAGGGAAGCUGAGACCAGAACUGUUGCAGAAUGGAGUUGCCAGGCUCAUAUGGUGUGGUAGCAACGGCAGGCUGUCCACCAACACAGAAGGAGAGGUGCAGCUGGACUCCAGGCUGCCCAGGCAGAGAGUACAUUUUCCAAUCUGCCUUGCUACUCAGUAUGGCCUUGUGGUUGAGUUCUGGCCGACAGGAUGUAAACAGAAGUGAUGUGCUCCACUUUCAGCUUGGCUUUAAAACAAAGGGCUUGGACUCAUCCAUGCACUCUCUUCUCUUUCUUACUUCCUGAGUGCCAGGGCAUGGAACACAGAAGUGCCUGGGAACGAGCCUCAACCACAAAGGCAACACCCAACGGGAUGACUGCACAGUAAGAAAGAAGGAAUCUGGGUGCUUGAAUGAUUGUGACAAAAACAGCGUCCCUGACAGCCUGGACUACUUGCUCUGAGACUGUGAUUUAAGAUAAAAAUAAACCUCUCUAUUCUUUAA